AUGGCGUCCGAAGUUUUCAGGCAACACUUUGGCAACUAUAAUUGUAUAUUAUUGUUAUCAGAGCAUCCAGAUUCCGCUCUUGAUGCCAUUCCUUCUGGGACCACGACUGUGCGCAUUUCAAUGGCCACCACCAACGGUUCAGUUGAGCGGCUCCUGGUGUCCGCCCUGGACGCGGACUGCCAGGGGGUCGUGAUUCGCUGCGGCGAUGCCGUCACGGCUGUGGACUCCUUUCUCAAGGCGUCCAAACUGGCCAUCCGGAGGGGAAAACGCCGCUUACUGGUGUUGCCGAACAGGCGAACUUCCUUCACUAACAUAUCUGAAAUUUUCUAUCUCCACGGUAUUGGGAAUAUCCCCGACAUCCUUGUUGCAAUGCUUGUGGACGAAGCUGACAGCUUCGAGCUGGUGACCCUGAACUUCACAGGAGAAGAGACGUGGCGACACGAGGUGGUGGUGGCGCGGUGGCGGCCGGGAAGUGGAUUUGAGCCGCCGUCAGCAGACCUCUUCGCCGACAGGACUGCAGACCUGCAGGGCCGACAGAUGGUUUUCGCAACAAUCAAUUACCCUCCGUACGUCGUACUCAAGACAGGUUCCCUCCCCGCGGAUGGCACCGAAACUCGCAUCCUAAUUGAGUUCACCAAAAAGAAGAAUGCGACGUGGCGCGUGGUGGACUGCGAGGAGGACAAGUGGGGCGCGAUCUGGCCGAACGGCUCCGGGAACGGCCUGCUGGGCGCCGUGGCGAUGGACGAGGCGGACGCGGGGUACGCGGCGGUGUACCACUGGUACCCCGAGUACCACUUCGUGGAGUACACGCGGCCCUACGUGCGCGCCGGCCUCACUUGCAUGGCGCCGCGCCCGCUGCUGCAGCCCGGCUGGCAGCUGCCCGUGCUGCCCUUCUCGCCCCUCCUCUGGGCGGCCGUCUGGGCCUCCGUCAUACUCGCCACCGUCGCCCUCUACUCAGCCAGGAUGGUUUUACCUGCCGGUAGAAUUAAUAUUCAUUUACUUUUUACGAAUGAUGGGCGGGCAGUCGGGCGAUACGCCACGGUGGAAGACUGCUUCUUCCGGUCGGUGGGCCUGCUGGUGCUGCAGACGCCGGACGUGGAGCGGCGCCACACACGUGUCGUGGGCCCCACGCGCCACGUGCUGUCCUGGCUGCUGAUCGCCUACCUGCUCGUCACUGCCAGCUACGGCAGCGGACUCUCCUCCGUGCUCACCAUACCUCGAUACGAGCCACCAAUCGACAGCGUCGUCGACUUGCGCGACAGUGGUUUGGAAUGGGCUGAAACGCACAUUGCGUUUCUAAACUCCCUGAGAGGUCGUACUGAGCAGGUGUAUUUGGACCUCAUCAAACAAUACCGGGUGCUUACAGUGGAUAUUCUGAAGUCCAGGACCACCACACGUGAUUUGGCCUUCAUUAUAGAGAGACUUCCAGGAGGUUAUUUUACCAUUGGUGACUACAUCGACGAGGAGGCUGCAAGCAGAUACCUACGCCCAAUGCGCGAGGAUAUUUACUGGGAAUACGUGGUUCUCGCAGUGCCAAAGGGCUGGCCGUACAUACAGCAACUAGAUGAACUCAUCGACAUAUUGUUCGAAGCAGGAAUCAUGCACGCAUGGGAAGGACAGGUGGCACGCAAGUGGAUGGCACCGCGCGUGCAGCUGGCUGCACAGACGGGCCUUCGGUCUUACGCCCAGGCGCCGGACGGCCCGGUGAAGCUGCAGCUGACGCACGUGCAGGGAGAGUUCGCGCUGCUGGUGCUCGGUCUCUGCGUGUCGCUGGCCCUGCUGCUGGUGGAGAUCGCCGUCCACCGGAGGACUAAAACCAUCGCAGAACUGAGGGGUCCAUCUGUCACUACACCGACGAUGAGGCGGCACUGUUGGGAAGAACGCAACCUACCCUAG